AUGCACAUUAAAGAAAAAUUGCUUCUAACUUGUAACAAAUUACUCUUUCUAGCUGCUGUGAAGGAAGCAAUUGAGACUUUAAGAAGAGACAAUGUUGAUGCAUUUGUCUUGGACCUUCGCAACAAUAGUGGUGGUCUUUUUCCUGAAGGAAUUGAAAUUGCUAGAAUUUGGUUGAACAAGGGUGUGAUUGUGUACAUAUGCGAUAGUCGUGGGGUUAGAGAUAUAUAUGACACUGAUGGAACAAAUGCAAUAGCAGCUUCAGAGCCUCUUGCUGUUUUGGUGAACAAAGGAACUGCAAGUGCAAGUGAGAUAUUGGCUGGGGCAUUGAAGGAUAACAAGCGUGCAGUGCUUCUUGGGGAACCUACUUUUGGCAAAGGAAAAAUACAAUCGGUUUUUGAACUCUCUGAUGGGUCUGGCUUAGCUGUUACUGUUGCUCGUUAUGAAACCCCUGAUCACAUUGACAUCAAUAAGGUGGGGAUAACACCUGAUCAUCCAUUGCCAGCAUCAUUUCCAAAGAACGAUGAUGUGCACCUUCCUUUUUCUUCGACACGAACUUUCUGGAGAGAGAAAAUGAAACCAAUGCCAGUGGAAUUGUUCGGAGAGAUGGAAGAACAAGCAUCAACGGUGGCUAUGGACGUCGACGACGUCGAAGCACUCGAUAUAUUCGGAGAAGGUCCUAUCGCCGCCUUGGAUCACCACCGCUUGACCGAUUCCGAUUUCUUUAACUCCUUCGAAGACGAUUUCGACGACGCCGACAUCAACUGA